AUGCUUGCGCUUGCCGGUACUGCCGCCGCAACUCUAGGCACCGUAAUCAUCAUUGUACUUUCGGAACGCUCCAAACAUAACUCGUCUCCUCGUUAUACACUUAGUAAGCGAUAUCAACAACUUGAGAAUCACAAAGCUAUGAAGUGCACAGUCGUCUAUGUCAGCUUUGCCGGAAUGAUGAAUAUCAUCUUUUCCGUACUAUACCUCCUUAACCAGUAUGCCGACUCACGCUAUUGGGCCAACGUUGCUGGGAUUGCUAUUAAUGUCCAUAUUGCUAUUUACGCAAACAUCAUGCAAUACGUCGGGUACAUCUCAAAUCGCCAAAUGUACGAGUUGACGAGUGGCAUCGCGAUGAAAAAAUUGCGUGAAAUUAGGGAUUUAUUUCCGGGGCGGCGGCGUAUACACGAAGCUCAACCUCUUGAACCUAAAGCACGAAAAGCGAUCGGCAUUAAUGGAAAGGAGCUCUACGUCGAAGCCAAGCAAGACGACUACUUUUCACAGCUCGAAGCGCAAUGGAAUGAAAAACUGCCC